CUCGUAUAUAAAGAGUAUUUUAAUUUAAACUUAAAAUAGUUUAUUUGUUUAACUACAUAUCAUAACAAUGGUCAUAUUGUACUUACAAUUUUCAUCAUUAAUAGCAAUUGUUUUCACGGUUUUUGCUAAUAAGUAUGAAUUUGAAUUUCUCGAAGCCAAAAUUUUUAAACGAUGUUCAAAAUUUCCCAAUAAUUUUCUGGAUCAAGCGCUUGACUUAAGUAAUUGGGAGGUUGGAAAAACCGACGAAGGAACACUUAUUAUGGAUGGAUAUAUAGUUUUGAAGAGGUCCUAUGAUCAUUUAUUGCCGUUUUCUAUGGAAUUGUUAAAAAGGGAGAGAGGAACAUAUCAGCCAACAACAAUUAAUAUUAAAAGAUUAGAUAGUUGUAAGGCGACUUUUGAUAAGUACGAUGUUAUUUUUAAUUAUGUAAAAGAGACGCCUAAAGAUCAAACUAAAUGUCCAUUUAAGAAGGGUCAAAUCGUAACCAUGAAAGUUUCUAAACCGGUUCUUGUAUAUAUUCCUUCGCGUAAUGCUGCUGGUGAAUAUUUAAUUCAUGUAGAAAUUGGCAAUAGAACCGAUAUGUCAACAUUUUUAUGUUCCGAAAUUCCUGUAAAUGUUCACAAAGUUUGAUUGAUGCAAUAAAUAUGUUUUAAA